CAACUCAUGGUCAACUGUAAACAGCUUUGGAAAAACUCCAAACUCCGGUAAACAAAACGUACCGACAUCAAUUCGCUACAUCACCGUGGAAACAGGAGCCACAGCCGACAUGAGGUUAGUGAUGCAUACGGUCAUCUGCUGCUGUGUGUUGAUCGUGGUCCUGCCGCUGGGAAACAGUGUCACAAGAGACGCCAACACUGGCCUGAAAAAGAGGCUGAGAGUGUGGCUGCAGACUCGUGUGAAGAGAGACCAGCACAGCAGUUUAGGGACGAUCUGUGAGCAAUGCCCAGAUGUCCAGGAUGUGCCACAGCGGAACAUGACCACUGAAACUCUCCCGACAUCAUCAAGCUUUGGGCUGAAGGUCCGAUCCAGGAGGUCAGCAGCAGGUUGCGUCCUGAUCACCUGUGGAAUCAAUGUGCUGAUCCAUCGCCUCAACCACUUCAGCAAUCACAAGAAACAGCCCAGCGCUCCCAAACGCAAGGUGGAUGCAGGAGGCUACGGGCGGCGCCGCCGCCGCUCCUUAAUGGAUCCUCAUGCUGGCCUCCAAACAGGGCAAAGGAGGUGGCACACAGAGAACAGGGCACGCACUGCGGCCUAG